UGGAUGUCCAUGAGCUUCUCUACACGUCGCUUUCCAGCCAGGCUGCCUCGGGUUGCGCGGUGUUUGUGCCAAGAAUAGGUCACAUGACCAUGUCCGCAGUUGCCUCUCCACGUACGUUGACUUGUGACUUGUCUACAGUGACUGGACAUCAACCUCAGAGAUCACCUCAACCACACCUUGCAACCCAUCGUUGCGACUUGUAAUUCCCUCCGAGAACUGGUCUUGACCCCUCCUUCUCGAAGCUCGACUACUCUACGACCGAUUCGACCCAAACUUGACCCCCCCUAGCCGACCCAUACCCUAUUAGCAAUCAUGUCAACAUUAGAGGAUCUCGACGACAUGGAGCGUGACGAAAAGGAGCAGAAGAAAGAUGACAACGACGAGACAAAACCGUUGUUAGGAGACAGCAAGUCCAAAGAUUCGGAGAUGAAAGACGCAGAGGCGGACAAGAAAGACGAGGACGAUGACCUUCUCGACUCAGACAUCCUUCAAUCCACGACCAGAGACAUUGUUAAUCGCAGGCGGUUAUUGGAGAACGAGAUGAAGAUCCUCAAGAGCGAGUUCCAACGUCUAAAACAUGAAGAGACGACCAUGAAGGAAAAGAUCAAGGAUAAUCUGGACAAGAUUGAAAACAACCGACAAUUACCUUACCUUGUCGGCAACGUUGUUGAACUUUUGGAUUUGGACGUUGAGGCCGAAGCCGCAGAAGAGGGUGCGAACAUCGAUCUCGACGCCACCCGAGUCGGCAAAUCUGCCGUCAUCAAAACCAGCACCAGACAAACCAUCUUCCUCCCUCUGAUCGGUCUCGUCGAUCAUGAAAAGCUUAAGCCUGCCGACCUCAUUGGCGUCAACAAAGAUUCAUACCUCGUUCUGGACACACUCCCGGCCGAAUACGAUUCAAGAGUCAAGGCAAUGGAGGUGGAUGAGAAGCCUACGGAGAGCUACAGUGAUGUGGGAGGUCUCGACAAGCAGAUUGACGAGCUGGUAGAGGCCGUGGUCUGGCCCAUGAAAGAGGCAGAGCGCUUCAAGAAGAUUGGAAUCAAGGCUCCAAAAGGCGCAUUGAUGUAUGGCCCCCCUGGUACUGGCAAGACACUGUUAGCACGAGCUUGCGCUGCUCAGACCAACGCCACCUUCCUCAAGCUUGCCGGCCCUCAACUGGUGCAGAUGUUCAUUGGUGACGGAGCUAAAUUGGUACGGGAUUGUUUCGCUCUUGCCAAAGAAAAGGCCCCCUCAAUCAUUUUUAUCGACGAGCUAGACGCUGUCGGAACCAAGCGUUUCGAUUCUGAAAAGAGCGGUGACCGAGAAGUCCAGCGGACCAUGUUGGAGCUUCUUAACCAACUUGACGGAUUCGCUUCGGACGAGAGAAUCAAGGUACUAGCAGCCACCAACCGAGUCGACGUUCUGGAUCCCGCCUUGUUACGAUCAGGCCGUCUGGACCGAAAGAUUGAAUUCCCUCUUCCGAAUGAAGAAUCCCGGGCACAGAUUCUUAGAAUCCACUCGAGAAAGAUGGCCAUCGAGGAAGCCAAUAUCAAUUGGAACGAGUUGGCUCGAAGCACGGAUGAGUUCGGUGGCGCCAUGCUCAAGGCGGUCUGUGUGGAAGCAGGCAUGAUUGCUCUUCGCAAGGGCUUCUCUAAAAUUACCCAUGAACACUACGUGGACGCCAUCGCAGAGGUGCAGGCCAAGAAGAAAGACACGGUCAACUUCUAUGCGUAGGGUGUGUUUUCAACUACUCACCCGUGCUGCAACCGUGCUCUGCCAUAUCGACGGAGCAUGCCUGUAUUUCUAUAGCAUUGCCAAAGGUCUCUCGCACUAGAUAGAAGAAUGGUAUGUUGUGUGGGUUUCCUACCGGAUGUGUCUUGUCUGGAGGAGGUACCACCACCUGCAUCAUCCUCGA